UGGCGAACAAUUAAAGGGCAAAAGUUUGAAUGGAUUACCUGUAAAACCACGAUUACAAUGUGGGUUGCAAAGCGAUGAAUGUCUUUAAUCGCCCUGAGAGGAAUCAGUUCCAAAAACAAGGUUGCCGACAAAACAACGCAUACAAGGUUGAUACCAGGGCGGUAUGGCUUAUUCUACCAACCCCAGGGCUCACUCCCCAAACUAGAAUUCCGAUAUCUCCACUGCACGUGUUGCUGCAGCAGUCGGAUCCCAGUCGCAGGCGUUGAAACCCAUGACACCCUCUCUCCAUCAACUACUCCUUGUGAUGAUGACAAGUCGCUGGACGCAUACUACACCUCAGCGAGAUGUCAUUCUGCAGCUCCUCAACAGUGCGGCAGAGUCGGAGCUCGCCGCCGUCAAGCUCCUUCGUGGACGCAAGUCUGUCAACAUUGUGGAAUACAGGACUAGAAAAUCUCGAAAGCGUCACAAAUGUGCCGCUUCUGAAACACAAAAGUGCUGUCAUUGUCUUCAACUCCAUCCUCAACCCUCCGGAGAAAAGUAAAGAUCCAGCUAGCCAAGUUCAUCAGACCAGAGGUGGAAAGGACCUGACUAGAGGGAAGAUGAUUUAGCUAGAUGGAUGGCCUUGAGGUCUGGAUGUUGAUGGGACAGUUGGGCAGCCCACAGGGUCACCACAUAAAUACGUCAGUGUUAAUACAUGUGCAUUAAUCCCCCUUUCUUCCAGGAAGCAAAUUCCAUAGUGUCCAUAUUGUGUUGAGUAAAUAAAAUAGCCUGGGCGCAUGUGGAUCGUGGCAUUGAACGUGUUGGAGUGGAAACAUGAGGAUUGCCACAACUUCCUGAAGGGAACCUACAUGGCUUCUGCCUACUUGGAUGACAUAUCCAGUGUGGUAUCCCACCUCCCCACGGCUGACUUCUUCAUUGUGGAAAAGCCAUCCAUCUCCCUUCAGAACACUGCCCUGUACCCAGUAAUGGCUCACAUGCGUACAGUGGAAGCGAUGCUGUUCGCCCUGCUGGAGCCCCGCUACAACCAGCCUGACAUCACUGCUCCACCCAAGGUGCUCAACAUGAUGCGCCCUGCCGUCGGCCGCCAUUUUGGCCUCACAGUGGGCGAGUUGCGCACCAGCAGGGCCCAGGCGGUGCAAUGGAUGAUGGAGUCAGUGACUCAGAUUGAGGGUGACAUUCCCUCACAACCUGUCUGUGAAAUACAGGAACUCCUUCCAGGUGGGUGGGUGGCGUCGGCUGUGUGAGCUGUGUGCAGGCUGUGGCGUUUUACAAGCUGCUCAGUGAAUAGAGUUAAUAAUACAGCGGCAAUUUCCACCAGGGACUGAAACUGGUUGACUGUGUACAGUAUGUGUGACCUGGUGGGGUCGAAGGUCACAGAGCGAACCUGAGAGAGACCUGCAUAUUGGAGGCUUGAUGGAAACUGACACUAGCUUAUAUUUAAAUGGUUACUACAGCACUUCCCACCUCUCGACUCAGAUGGUAUUGCACUUGAGGUGUCAGUUCAGGCCCCAGCAGCUGAACUUAAGCCUCUCCUCAGACACCACACGUCAUGUUCUUCACUUUCCCAUGAAUAGAAAUGUUCCGUGAGGGCCGAUAGUAAAGCAGAAUAGGCUUGAAUGUGUUCGGUGAUCUGACAAAUCAUAUGCGACCACCUGCAUCUGUACCUUUAUGGACAAAUGUUUAAUGCCUUUCAAAGCCUGAAAUACCUCUGGUUUUAAACACCAACUCACUUAAUCAGAUUGUAACAAAUGCAUGUUAUUUUUUUAUGUAUAAAUAAAAAUAAGAUUUCAUAUUUCAUUUAU